AUGGAUUCGUUUGGCUUUGACUUUGCGGGUGGCGACCUGUUGGACUUGGGCUCGCUCGGCUCGUGGACCAAUAACACGCCCAUGGGCAACUCGCCCAACGGCGGUAACGGUAGCAACGGCGCGCUGCCGUUCAGUGUGGGUACACCCACGGGCGUCCAGAGUCUCGGCGACGACCCGUUUGCCAACAUGCCGAGCACCAGUGACAAUGAAUUUAGCUUUGGCGACUCGCCCAAGCCGUCGCCCAGUGCUCAAAGCCAAAAGAGCGCUGUCGAUGCGCUGGCAGUUCCUGCGACAUCGACAGCGAUGGCGUCAGAGCCAUCGUCAUCAUCGUCGGCGCCCAGUGCGAGCGCCGGGACGGAAUUGGCCACGAGCUACUUUGGUGCAGAGCUGGAAGCUAGCGGCCCGUCCCCACGGGCUCCAUCACGUGCCGCUGCCUCGUCCUCAGGGACGACGGACGCCUUGUCGACUGGAGAUACCAAGAGCAAGAAGACGAAUGUCAAGAAAGAUACUGCGCAGUCAAAAGCUGAUGCAAACAGUGCACCGACAUCGGUGUCGUCGACAAGUGUUAAGAGCACUGAGACUCCAUCGGCGUCAGUGCCUUCGAAAGAGGACACAACGAGCUUGGCAACAGUGACGUUGUCGUCGACUCCGAAGGCGUCUUCGUCCAUAGCGCCUUCGACAGGGUCACGAUCGGUAUCUAGCAGUGGUGCUACGAACUCGGCCCCGAACAGUAGUAGCAGCGUUGCCAGCAGCAGUGCAGCGACGUCUACGCCGUCAACAACAUCGUCUGCGCGACCGCACAUCGGGAAUCAACAGCAACAACAACAGCAGCAGCAGAUGCAGAUGCAACAGCAGCAGAGACAGCAACAGUAUGCCAAUCAGAUGAUGAUGAACCAGCAGAGUGGCCAGCCCCAACAGUUUGCUGGUCAACCAUACCAGCAGCAAAUGCAUGCCGCCCAGAUUGCUGGGGGUGUGAGUGCGGCUCCCGCUCCACCUGCGACUGCCGCUAGUCAGUAUAUAGGAAGUCAGCCGGGUCAGGCCUACCGUCUACCGACCUCGUCGUAUGAAGAAGAGUUUGCGCGGGUGAAAGCAAUGAUGAUGCAGCACGUUGAUCUGAUCCCCCCACCGAUGGAGGUGCUUCGUAUCUCGAUGAGCCAAAGCGCAGCUGGCCAGCAAAGCAUGACUAUGGGUGGCAACGCUUAUAUGCAGCAGCGUGGCAAUCCAGCUAUGGUCCGUGGAGGCGCCCCAGGCAGCGCAACGUAUGGUCAGUAUGGAAACCCAAAUGUGAUGAUGGGCGGGCCUCUGCAGAACGCGCCUCAAGCUGGAAUGAUGAAUGCAGCACGGAUGCGUGCAGCGCAGAUGGCGCAGCAGCAGGCGCAACAACGUGUCGCGGCUGGUCGAACGCCUGGAGGAAGCAACGACGCGCAGACCGCGUGGCAGUCGGAGAACGAUCUGCCUUUGCGGCGGAAGAUGAUCGGAAAAAUCGUAAGUUUGCUACAGCAGCGAAAGCCAGAUGCACCUGCUGAGUGGAUCCGCCGGUUGCCGGACAUGGCUAGGAGACUGGAGGAUUCAUUGUACCGUACGGCGAAAAACCGAGACGAGUACGGGGACUUUUCGUCACUGAAGACUCGACUGCAGCAUUUGGCAGUGACGAUGGGUGCGCGUGCUCAGCACAAGGCAGGAGGCAACUCGCGCGCUGCAGGUGUAAGUAGCGUACCCGGUACAACUGGUGGCACGGCCGGAAACAACGCGAUGAUGACUGCUAGUGCACCUCCAGGCAUGGUAAUGAAUUUGGGAGCCGGCGGGAUGGGCCCUCAAGGUCACGUGGUAGGCAACAUGCCGUAUGGGAACCGUAUGACUCAGCAGCAAUUGAUGCAGCAGCAACACUUGCAAAUGCAAAUGCAGCAGAACCCUCAGAUACGACAACAGCUUACCCCACAGCAGUUGCAGCAAUUUCAAGAGGCUCAACUGCAGCGGCGGCAGCUCCAAAUGCAGCAGGCGCAGCAACAGGCUCAGAUGCAGCGUCAACAGCAGCACCAGUAUCAGCAGAAUCAAGCUCUUCAGCGCCAGAAUUCAAUGCGUCAAAUGCAACAGCAGCAGAUGCAGCAACAGCAACAGCUGCAGCAACGGCAAAAUCCGAACUACAUGCAACAGCAGCAACAACAGCAGCAGCAGCAAGUCCAGGCCCAAGCUCGCGCGCAAGCGCAAGCUCAAGCUCAGCGAAAUGGUACAGCUAAUGGCGCAACCAAUCAGCAGCGCAUGAGUGGAGAUAUGAGUCUGGGCGAAUCUUCGGACUUUAUGAAUUUGGACUUAUCUUCGUCGUUGCUGGGAUCUGAUGAUCUACAAGGUGGUGUGAAUUCCAGCCAUACAGGAGGUGACGCAAUGAAGAGUGGAAGCAAUGCCGUUGCUCACCAGGCAAGUCAAAAGCGCACGCUUUCUCAAUCUCAGCAGCAAAUGGCAGCGGCGGCAAAUGCAGCUGCGUUUAAGCGGACUAAAGUAGGAGGAGCUGCCGGCCAGGCUGGCGGCGCUGUCACAAAUCAGCAGCAUCCAAGUACUGCAAAUUCCGCAUCUCAAGUAUCACAGCCCUCGCAGGCACCGAUGCAGAAAUCCGUGACAAGUACUAGUGGCUCAUCGAAGACUCCACCAAUGAGUACAGUUAACGCCAAGUAA